UAUGGUACUUUUGUAACCAGUGACUGCUACAUCCUGGCUGCGAUGGCAGUGGACCGAUACGUGGCCAUCUGUAACCCACUGCACUACCCAACUGUCAUGUCUCGGAGACACUGCAUUCAGCUGCUGCUGGGUUCAUACUUCAUGGGUUUCCUGAAUGCCUCUGUAAACACAGGUUUUACUUUCUCAUUGAACUUUUGCAAAUCCAAUGCAAUUAACCACUUCUUCUGUGAUGUACCCCCAAUCCUUGCCCUGUCAUGCUCCAGUAUCCACGUCAACAUCAUGGUACUGACUGUCUUUGUGGGGUUUAACUUGACAUUCACUGUGCUGGUCGUCAUCUUUUCCUACACAUGCAUCCUGGCUGCCAUCCUGAGGAUAUCUUCUGCAGCAGGCAGGAAGAAAGCCUUCUCCACAUGUGCCUCCCACCUGACAGCAGUCACCAUUUUCUAUGGGACUCUCUUGUACAUGUAUGUACACCAUGGGACCAAUAGAUCUCAAGAGCAAGAAAAAGUGGCAUCUGUGUUUUAUGGUAUCAUAAUUCCCAUGUCAAACCCUCUCAUCUACAGCCUGAGAAACCAGGAUGUGAUAAAAGCCCUAAAACACAUAAGAAAUAAGACCUUCUAG